AUGGCAAAGCUAAUCUUUUUGGCACUUGCCUUCACCGCCCUUUUGGCCUUUGCUUCUGCCCACAAAACCAUCGUCACCACCACCACCACCAUCGACGACGAUGAAAACACAGUUUCACGACAGAGUCAGUGUAGGCAACAAGUAGAGGACCAAAGGUUCAACCAGUGUGAAAAUUACUUCCAAUCCAAACAAGGCCAAGACCAAGAGAUGAGACAAAUGUGCUGCCAAGAACUCGAAAACGUUGACCAGCAAUGCCAGUGCCAGGCUGUCAAGAAAGUCAUGAGAGACUCAAUGAUGAGUCAGCAAGGACACCAACAACGUGGAAGCUUCGGUGGUCAAAUGGUUGAACGUUUGAGACAAAAGGCUGAGAAAGUUAUUGACCAAUGUAACCUUCAAAUUUCAAGACAAGAAUGUCAAAUUGGAAAAAUAACCACUACUACUAUAAUUACUGAAGAGGACGAAAACCCGAGUUUUCCCCCUUUCCGUACCGGUUCUGAACAAUGCAGGCAAAUGAUGCCACAACGGUUCAACCAGUGUGAAAAGUUCGUUGAGCAAGCGGUUCAAACCGGUUUUCCUAGGAUUAUGAUGAGUGUGAACAAACACAAACAACAACAGUCUCAACAACAGAUUCAGAAGCUACAACAACAGUGUUGUAACGAGCUUGAAAAUGUUCAAGAGGAGUGUCAUUGUGACGCGUUGCAGAAGGUUUAUGAACAAGCUAUGGGACAACGUCAGCAAGGACGUCAGCAACAACAGAGCCGUCAAGGUGGACAGAUGAGGCAACAAGUGGAGCAGGUGGUUGAGGUUUUGAAGAAUCAGUGUGACUUGCAAGCACAACAAUGUAUGAUUCCAUCUGCGAUGUUUUAAUGUAGAUCAAACAUCGCAGAUCGAACGAGUAAUAAUAAUAAAAGGAAGUCUCAUCUCUAGUCGUUUUUUUAGGUUUAGAAACGACUUUUUGAGAUGGACCGAAAUGAGAAUAAGAAGCUAGCUAGAUAGUUAGCACAUGUAGUGUGGUUGUAUAUCUAUAUAUAGCUAGCUCAUGUGUAAUUAAUGGUGGCUUUUAUCUUUAUGAACAUAUCAAAUGAAUAUGUUAA